GUCACCUGACUUUCAGGAUCCACCCUGCUGUGGAGUCGGAAGCUAAGUUAGCUGCUAUGAUAGCAUGAAUGAUUGAAAUGUCAUUUUUUCUCACAUUACUGCCACAGUUUAAGCGUUUUACUUAUUUCUGCUGAAUUUAGACUCUCGGACGCGAAGAAAGAAAAUACGUCAGUGGUGUUUUAACGGUUGAAAGCUGUGUUAGCUUUGCUAGCUGCUAGCGGUUAGCCAUGUCGUUGUAGAAUUGACUCCUCGCCUGCCAGUGUUUUUAUCUGGAUUAUCUGAAUUAAUUUACAGGAAUUAAAACACGGUUAAGGAAAUCGAAGUGUAUUUGAUCAUGGCUUCAAUUCUGGAUGAGUAUGAAGACUCGCAGAACAUCAGGCAGAGCUCGCAGCAGCACAGCCGCCUGUCAGGUACCAACAUCGGGAUAACGCAUUCAGGCUUCGUGAAUGUGAGACUCGAGGAAGAGAAGCCGAUAUUCAACAAGCAGAGGAUCGAUUUUACGCCUCCGGAGAAGAUUAAUCAUCUGGCUGUCUGCAACAAUCAUCUGUGCAUGAGUCUGGGAAAAGACACUCUGCUGAGGAUUGACUUGGCCAAACCAGAUCAACCCAACCAGACUGAAUUAGGAAGGAAAGAUGACAGCAAAGUGCACCGAUUGUUCUUGGACCCAACAGGCUCCCAUCUGCUGAUCAGCCUGAACACCAGCGAGUGUUUGUACCUGAACAGAAACACCCAGAAGGUUCGCAGUCUGUCCCGCUGGAGAGGCCACCUCAUCGAGAGUGUGGGCUGGAACAAGCUGCUGGGUAACGAGACCAGCACCGGCCCCAUCCUGGUGGGAACCAGCCAGGGCAUCAUCUUCGAGGCCGAGAUCUCUGCCAGCGAGGGCAGCUUGUUCAACACCAACCCAGAUCAGUACUUCAGACAGGUCCACUCUCUGGAGGAGGACGGUAAACCUGCACCAGUCUGCUGCCUGGAGAUCGAGCGAGGCCUGGAGAACAAGUACUUCAUCAUCGCCACCACCCGCAAACGCCUCUUCCAGUUUGUGGGGAAGGUGGCCGAGGGGUCGGAGCAACAGGGCUUCAGCUCCAUCUUCAACCAGAACCAGGACCUGCUGCCCAGCUUCCAGGAGUUUCCAGCCAACAUGGGAUAUAGCGAGAUCACCUUCUAUACCUCCAAGCUUCGGACCUCCCCCAAGGCCUUCGCCUGGAUGAUGGGUAAUGGAGUUCUUUAUGGGCAGCUGGACUACGUCAGGCCUGAUUCGCUGCUGAGUGACGUGCAGGUGUGGGAGUACACUCCAGAUAUUGACCUCAGCCUCAACAAGCCCAUCUCCAUUGUGCUGACCCAGUUCCACUUCCUGCUCCUGCUUCAUGACCGAGUAAAGGCCAUCUGCACUCUGAACGGACAGGUGGUUUAUGAGGACGUAUUCCCAGAUAAAUUUGGCACCCUCAAGAGGAUGAUCAAAGAUCCAGCUGGUGGGUUGGUGUGGAUCUACACUGAGCGGGCAGUUUUCAGAUACCACAUCCAGCGCGAGGCCAGAGACGUCUGGCAGAUGUACAUGAGCAUGAAUAAAUUUGAUCUGGCCAAAGAGUACUGCCGCGAUCGGCCUGAGUGCAUGGACAUGGUGCUUGCCAAGGAGGCUGAGCACUGCUUCCAGAACAAGAGAUACCUGGAGAGCGCCAAGUGCUAUGCUCUGACACAGAACUAUUUCGAAGAGAUAGCGCUCAAGUUCAUCGAAGCCAAACAAGAGGAGGCCCUGAAGGAAUUCUUACUGAAGAAACUGAAUAACCUGAAGCAGAGUGAAAGAACACAGAUCACCUUGCUGGUCACCUGGCUAACAGAACUCUAUUUGAACCGCCUCGGCCAGCUGGAGAGCGACGGCAACAGUAUCAUCUUCCAGGAAACCCGCGACGAGUUCCGGCAGUUCAUGAGCAGCUCCAAGCACAAGGAGUGUCUGUACAACAACCGCACCACCAUCUACGACCUGCUGGCCAGCCACGGCAACGUGGACGACAUGGUUUACUUCUCGGUCGUCAUGCAGGACUACGAGAGAGUGAUUUCCCACUACUGCCAGCAUGAUGACUACAGCGCCGCUCUGGAUGUGCUCGCCAAGCACUGUGACGAGAAGCUUUUUUACAAGUUCUCACCCGUCCUCAUGCAGCACAUCCCCAAAAACGUGGUGGACGCGUGGAUUCAGAUGGGCAAGAGGCUGGACCCGAAGAAGCUCAUCCCAGCUCUGAUGAACUACAGCCAGAUGGGCAGCACACAGCAGAUCAGCGAAACCAUCCGCUACAUGGAGUUCUGCGUCUAUGAGCUGAACGUGAUGGAGGAGGCGAUACACAACUACCUGCUGUCGCUUUAUGCAAAGUACAGGUCGGACUCUCUGCUUUUGUAUCUGGAACAGGCAGGAACACACGCCUCAGAGAUUCACUAUGACCUGAAGUACGCCCUCAGGCUGUGUGCAGAGCAUGGCUACCUGAGGGCCUGUGUGCUGGUUUAUAGGAUUAUGGAGUUGUAUGAAGAAGCAGUGGAUCUGGCCUUACAAGUGGAUGUAGACUUGGCAAAGACGUGCGCUGACCUUCCUGAGGAUGACGAGGAGAUGAGGAAAAAGCUUUGGCUGAAGAUCGCUAGGCACGUGGUGCAGGAGGAGAAAGAUGUGAAGAAAGCCAUGAACUGUCUGUCCAGCUGCAACCUGCUCAAGAUCGAAGACAUCCUGCCUUUUUUUCCAGACUUUGUCACCAUCGACCACUUUAAGGAGGCCAUCUGCAGCUCACUGGAAGAAUACAACCAACACAUUGAAGAGCUGAAACAAGAAAUGGAGGAGGCAACAGAAAGUGCCAAACGUAUCAGAGAAGACAUCCAGGAAAUGAGGAACAAGUACGGUGUGGUGGAUUCCCAAGAAAAAUGUGCCGCUUGUGACUUUCCGUUGCUCAACAGGCCGUUCUAUCUGUUCCUGUGUGGUCACAUGUUCCACUACGACUGCCUGUUCCAGGAGGUGACCCCUCACCUGUCAGCCUACAGGCAGAACCGUCUGGAAGAGCUGCAGAAAAAACUGGCUGCAACCACGCAGUCGUCCAAAUCACGCCACCGUCCGGUGCCGAAAGAUGAAGGAGACACUUCCAGCCUGGGAAAAGGCAAUGCCGGCACGAGCCGCGAGCAGAUAAAAUCAGACAUUGAUGACAUCAUUGCGUCCGAGUGCGUUUACUGCGGUGAACUCAUGAUCAAAUCCAUUGACAAGCCUUUCAUUGAUCCGCAGAAGUUCGAGGAGGAGAAAUCCAGCUGGCUGUGAACGAAGACAUUCCUUCUCUUAAUGUGAAAAAGAGACACGACAGCUUCCCAUCAAUGUGUCAGUGAACGUACGUCAUCCAUAGGACAGGUGGAUGCUCACCUGGUCACCUGUUGGUAGUGCCUACUGCUGAAAACUUGUAUCAGCUUCAGUUCCUCACAGAAUACACUUAUUUUGUUGUCAGUAUUUGAAGCUCAUUUAAAGAUCUUUGCACUUUGAAUGAGAAAUGGGAGUGUGGGGAUAAUCUAUGGUGAUGUCCGAUAUUACCAGAGCUGUAUGCUGCAUACAUGUGCCUGAACCUCUGACGAUGACUUUAGAAAGGAUAGAUCUGCACUAUACCUACUUUAUUAACUGCAUUAGGUUAUGCACUUAUUUGGUUCAUUGACAACACAACGUGAACUGUCCUUCUGUGUUCAGUCUCCACAGUUCUGUGUUCAUCUAGCAGUUAAACUGGAGAAGAUCAACUGUUCAUAUGUAAACUGUUCAGCAGUUUAACUGUGGCGCAUUAAAGCUUUGUCAGUUUUAAUAGA